AUGUUGAUAACAGACGGGGCGGAGGAGGAGGAGGGCAGAAAUGGGACUGCUCAGAUGGGGCAGAGACCGGACGGUGAUGGAGGACGAGAGGGCUGGAGCUCCCGAACGUGCGUGGAACUAGCGUUGAGCUAA